CGAAUCAAGAGACUUAACUAACUUCUAAUUGCUCCUGAAUAAUCGGCAGAAAACCCUAAGAAACGGUUCUAGGAUUUGGAGCUCGACUGCAGCCUUUUAAGUGCGCCCCAGAGCCGUAUCUCGUACCCGAAAAAAAAACCUCGGUCAACUUCCGCCGAAGACCAUUCUCAACAUGCCAGCCUUCUCGAGACUCGUUAGGUUUCUUGCCAAAGAUGACCGAAUCUACUACGGUGAUGCCAUCCUCCCGGACGGCGAGACCAAUGUUGGCAAAGCGAAAAAGGCGCAUGUCAUCACCGGCGAUGUUUUUGGGAAGCAUGAGGUCACCGACAAGAUUGUCGACAUUCGUCUUCUUCUCGCUCCACUAGCAACAGAGGAUGUCGGCACUGUGAGAUGCCUUGGCUUGAACUACACGCAGCAUGCUAUUGAGACCAAGAUGCCUAUUCCCAAAUUUCCCGUCCUUUUUUACAAACCCAAGUCAUCGCUCUCAGGGCCAUCCGAUCCUAUCCCCAUUCCCGCUAGGGCACAGACCGGCCAGUCACUGGACUAUGAAUGCGAGCUCGUCAUCGUCAUCGGCAAGCAGGCCCUUGACGUAUCCGAAGAUGAUGCAUUGGAUUAUGUCCUGGGUUAUGCUGUUGGUAACGAUGUAUCUCAUCGCGACUGGCAGAUCAAGUUCGGCGGAGGCCAAUGGUCUCUUGGCAAGGGCUUCGAUGGAUGGGCGCCUUACGGCCCUGGUAUCGUGACCAAGGACGUCAUCAAAGACGGCCAGAACCUCAACAUCUGGACUAAGCUCAAUGGUGAAACUGUGCAGAACAGCUCCACCAAAGACCAGAUAUUUGGCAUCAAGAAGGUCAUCUCGUUUUUGAGUCAGGGUACGACUCUGGAACCCGGCGACCUCAUCUUUACUGGAACCCCUGAAGGAGUUGGAAUGGGAAGGAGCCCACCUCUCUGGCUCCAGGAUGGAGAUGUUGUCGAGGUUGGCCUCGAAGGAAUUGGAUCAAUCACAAACACGGUUGAAUUCGGGACACCCAAUGCGAAGAUUUAGUCAACACCUGUGUUCAUGUGUCCGAGGUCAAAGUUUGUGCUCGAAGAAUGUCAAUAAACAGCAUAUUUACUUUUUUU